AAACUAACCUUGAUCAACAAAAAUUUCGAUUAGAAACCGUCAACCACUAGUUGCUAAAUACACAAGUAACACAGCUUUUUUAAAGAAAUAAAUUCAUUAAAAUUUAAAAUACACGUUUGUAUUAUUAAAAUCUUCUCUCAAUUAAGAUUACGAUUUCGUGCCCAGUUCCUCACCAGUGAAAACGUACCGAAAAAUGGACUAAAAUCAGUUCCAAUUUUUGAUGUUUCUUUUCUACGGUCGUGUGAUAAGAACCAGUUGCAAAUCAACUCAAUUGAAAAAGUUUCGAUCCUGAAGAUGUUACCUUGUUGCGUUGAAAUCCAGGCAUAUCGUUCACGUAGCCCUAGACAACACUCUAAAUCAUUCCUACUAUCUUUCGCAGUUGAACAGAACAAAUUGAUCCAUGAGUUGGUUUAUUGAUAAUCUCACAUCGUCAUCGAGUUACUCUAACGAAGUAAUCAAUCUAUUUCACUCCGAUAUGUUGCAUUGGUGAAUCGUUGAAAAUAACUUAUUUUUUAACCAUUUUUCGAACGACUGAAUCCAUCGUUAUCACUUGUGCUAUUCGUGCAAUGAAGCAGCUCGAGUACAUCUCAAACGAUUACUCGUGAGUACUACGUGAUUUUAAAAUCGGAUUUUUUUCCAAUUGUGAGAACUUUCAUCGUCUGUGAUACCAUAAUGACCUACAAAUGUGAUAAAUGCGACGCUACGUUCAGCAAAAAAUACAACGUAACACGUCAUCUGGACACGAAGCAUUCAGUCAAGCAACCCGAACCGAUUAAUUGCGCUUACUGCGGCACGACGUUCAAACGAAAAGACAAUUUAAUCGUACAUAUCAAACGUCUCCAUCCAGACAUCGAUUCGUCGUUCGAGGAACCUCCCCUGAAAAAACCCUCGACUCAGAAACGAUGCGAAAUAUGCGACGUUUUCGUCGGCUUGGACGGAUUCCUACACCACGUGCAAUCUUUCCAGCAUCUCGAAGCUUUGAAAAAUGGCCCAGUCAACGCCAACGUCGAAAUAACCAAGACUGCUUUUAAUAGUCGAAUCGUGACUUAUAAAAUUUACACCGAGAAGGAUAUAGACGAUAUUAAAAACUACUUAGAAACGACGAAAACCCUCAUGCUUCGAAUCAUCGACGAUUACGUUCAAUUAUACAAAGCUAUAAAGUUCAAUUUACAACUGCAUGUGAAAUACAUGAAGGAUACGUCUUCCAUCGAUGAUAAAGUGUUCAAUACGAAGAACCUGAUCUACGAUUACGGCGAAGAUUUCACCGAGAUAUUCUACGAUCAGUUAAUAAAGCCACUGGUCAAUCAAAGCGAAGAGUUCCAAGAAUACGAUUCUGGUUGGACUUUCGUUGAAGUGGAUUUCGUCGAAAUCAACGUCGCCAAAUACGACCCUUUCUACGGAUCUUCGUACAUAGCUUUACCCCAAUGGGUCAAACAGAAACACGCCGUUAUCAACGUGACCAAUUACGAUAAAGCCUGCUUCGCUUGGUCCAUCAUGUCCGCGUUGUUCCCAGUAGGCCGUCAAAAACAUCCGGAUCGAGUAACCUCCUAUCCUCAUUAUAGUAAAAUGCUGCUUCUGGAUGAAAUCACGUUUCCGAUGAAGAUCACCGAUAUACCUAAAUUCGAAUCGCUUAAUCCGCUCAUCAGCGUAAAUGUUUUCGGACUAGAAGAUGAAAAAAUCAUCGGACCGGUUUAUCACACGAGAAAACGAAAAGAACACCAUAUUAAUCUGCUGUAUAUUCGAAACGAUAUCGGCGAAGGCCACUAUUGCUGGAUUAAAGACAUGAGUCGAUUGGUUGGCAGUCAAAUAAAUCAUAAAAAAUCGCGAAAAUAUAUUUGCGACGGUUGCUUGAUGAAUUUCAAUUCCAACGAGAAACUGCAAACUCACCAAGAACUCGAAUGCAGCAAAACUGUCGUCGAGUUACCCGAAGACGAACGAUACUUGAAAUUUCGCUCAUUCCAUAAAACCAUCAAGCUGCCUUUCGUCAUCUACGCUAAUUUCGAUACACUGGCCAAUCCGGUAAAUGGAUGGUCUGCGGAUGAUGCUGACUCGUCGACAUCCUCAUACGGUACAUUCCACGAACCUUACGGGUUCGCUUACUACGUUCAUUGCUCAUUCGAUUCGGAAUUCAAUAAAUUACGACUUUACCACGGUCCGAAUUGUAUCAGCGUGUUUUGGUCUCAACUGCAGAAAGAUCUCGAGUGGAUUUACGUCUGUUAUAAAUCGCACGAGAUAUCCGAAUCGAUUCCGUAUCCAAAGAUCUCCGUCGAAGAUUCCAAAUGCGAAGUUUGCGACAAACCGUUCGCUGCGAAGGAUGCAGAAGAACCGGUUUACGAAUACGCAGAGUUCUGUCACGAUCCUACUCAUCCUCGUAAUAACGCCAAUCAACGAUUAAAAUUCUUCGUUCCGGUCGUUCUGCAUCGACUCACCGAACACCACGCCAAUUUCUUAAUCCGCGAAGUAGGAUAUGAUAAAGAUGAAAUCGAAUCCGUUCCAUACUCGAGUGAGAAACGUAUUUCAUUCAGCAAACGAGUCAAAGUUGAUAAAACCAUCGUAAAAGUACGUUUCACCGACUCGUAUCGAUUCCUGGCUGCGAAUCUGCCAGUCUUGGCGAGGAAUUUAACCAACGAGGAAUUCCGUCUGCUCGGUAUCGAGUUCCCGGACGAAGAAGAACUGCAAUUCGUCAAAGUACCUGGUAUUUUUCCCAAAGAUUUGCUCAAUGGUAACGAAUCUGCGUUCGAAAUCCGCUCGAUUCCGCCCAAACAAGAUUUCACCGAUACUUUAUCCGGCGUUGAGCUCAGCGACGACGAUUACCAUCGAAUUCAAACCAUCUGGGGCAAGUUCAAAUGCGAGAACUUGGGCGAUUACGCCGAUUUGUGCAUGAAAAUCGAUGUUUUACAUCUGACCGAUGUUUUCGAGAGCUUUAGAACAACCUGUAUGUCGAAUUACCUCCUAGAUCCGGUUUAUUACUACAACGUACAGCAUUUCAGUUGGGACGCGAUGCUAAAAACGACCAAUGCCAGCGUCGAAUUGCUGACUGAUUUCGAAAUGCUGCAAUUUUUCAAGAACAGUAUUCGAGGAGGCCUGUCGCAGUGCUCGAAACGUAAAGCUGCCGCCAAUAAUAAAUACAUGCUGGACUACGAUUCGGAUAAGGACUCGAGUUAUCUCAUGUAUCUGACAGCCAACGACCUGUACGGUUGGGCCAUGUCACAAUCGCUUCCAAUUGGUAAAUUCCGAUGGCUAAGCGAAUCGGAAAUAAACUCCUUCGAUGUACGAAACAUUCCAGAAGACGGACCUACAGGAUACGUUCUCGAGGUAGAUCUCGAAUACCCCGAUCAUAUCCACGAUCUUCACAGCGAUUUCCCCUUCUGCCCGGAGAAACAAAACACCUUCGAAUCGUCCAAAGAUACCAAACUCAUCGCCAGCGUUCAGAAUAAAUCCAAUUACAUUCUACAUCUGCGCAAUUUAACUCAGUGCUUAUCCAACGGUCUCAUUCUCACCAAAAUCCAUCGAAUACUGGAAUUCGAACAAUCCAAAUGGCUGAAAUCGUACAUAGACACGAAUCACAACCUCAGCGUGAACUCCGUCCAAUAUUUCCAUAAGAAAUUCUACGACUCGAUGAACAAAUCCAUACUGGAGACAACGCUGGAAAAUAUCGAUACCAGAACCGAUCUCAAAUUAAUCUCGAGUUGGGAUAACGUGAAAAAUAAACGAGGUGCUCAGUAUCAUAUCAAUUUACCUAAUUAUCAUACCAGUUUCAUCUUCAAUGAAAAUCUCGUCGCGAUCGAGUCGGAAAAACUUCGAGUAAAAUACGAUAAACCUUUUCACCUCGGAUUCUGUAUCCUGGAGUAUUGCAAACUUCCCAUGUAUAAUUUCCAUUACGCUUUCAUGAAGCCUACCUACGAUACGAACGUCGAAUUACUAUACACGUGCACGAAUUCAUUUAUUUAUCAAGUAAACACGGACGAUUUGUAUCAAGAUAUUAAAUCUCAUCUCGAUUUGUUCGAUACGAGCGAUUACCCGGAUUGUAACAGGUACCAGAUUCCGUUACGUAAUGCCAAAUUAAUGGAUAAAUUCAAAGACCUAUUCGGCGGUAAGCUAUUGCUCGAGUUCGUAGGCACCAAAUCGAAAUCGUACGGUUACGUCGUCGAAGAUGAUAAACCCCUGAAACAAGAAAACGAUAUGACCAAUUUUACUACCUACUUGGAGAAUAUUUCCAGUAUUUUGCAUCAUAUCAAUACGGUCAGAUUCAACGUUUAUACGCAACUGGUGAGUAAACUGAAUCUAUACUGCAAUGAUGAUAAGAGAUUCGUUAUUCCUAAUUCGGAGAAAACCCUUCCGUGGGGGCAUAAUAAAAUUAAGGACCAUUGUUUAUAAUAUUUUUUUCUGUGUUCGGUUAUCUUGGUAUUUUACAGUUGAAGCUAAUGAGCUUAUAAUUUUAAGGAUUUUUUUAUAUUGUAUUUUUUUUAUGUACAGAUGGUGAUGUACUCGAGUUGCAAUUUUUUUUACGUAUUUAUUAUUUUUUUUAUGACAAUAUGACUAAUGAUCUUUGUUAAGUAUUCAUUUUAUAAUAAACGAGUUCGUUGAUCAAAA